UUGUACCGAAGAAGGGUGGGGGACCUUGAGGAUGUGCAUUGAUUAUAGGGGCCUCAAUGCCAUCACAGUAAAGAACGCAGAGACCCUACCGCGCAUCGAUGACUUGUUGGAUCGAGUGCAAGAGUGCCGGUACUUCAGUAAGAUAGAUCUGAAGUCCGGGUACCAUCAGAUUGCAAUACAGCCCGAGGAUCAACAGAAAACCGUUUUUCAGACUAGGUACGAUCUGUAUGAGUUUGUGGUGAUGCCUUUCGGCCUUUGCAAUGCUCCUGGCACCUUUCAGCACGCCAUGAACCAGAUCUUUCAUGACUACUUGGACAAGUUUGUCAUGGUGUACCUCGAUGACAUAUUUAUCUUCAGUAGGACUGUCGAGGAGCACGUUGGUCAUUUAGACAAAGUCCUUAGUCUCCUUCGGCAACACAAGUUCAAGAUCAACGGCGAAAAGUGCGAGUUUAGCCGCACCUGUAUCUUGUACUUGGGUCGUGAGAUUUCCGCUGAGGGAUUGAAGCCCGAUGACGCGAAGGUGGUCAGCAUUCGUGAUUGGCCGCGUCCUCAGUCUGUGACUGAGAUGAAGUCCUUCUUAGGAAUGACCGACUACUAUCGCAAUUUUGUGAAGAACUAUAGCAUAGUCGUCGCCCCUAUGACGGACCUGACUCGCCUUCACACCCCAUGGGAGUGGAUAGAUAGGUGCGCGGCUGCCUUCAGACACCUGAAGCAUGCGCUGACACACCAUGAGGUUUUGAAGCUUCCCGAUCCUGACAAACCGUUUAUAGUAACCACGGAUGCUAGCCAAUAUGGUAUAGGCGUCGUGCUUGCGCAGCAGGAUGGGCGAAAGUUGAGGCCAACAGAGUACAUGCCCAAGAAGAUGCCCUCUCAAAAGUUGGCCAAGUCCACCUAUGAGAAGGAGCUUUAUGCGAUCUACAAAGCGCUAACCCAUUGGAGGCACUACCUCCUAGGUCGCUUCUUCUACGUUAGGACUGAUCAUCAGACCUUGAGACGGAUGAAGACUCAACCGGUAUUCUUUGACGGUCUGAAGCGUUGGAUCGAAGUCAUUGACCAGUAUGACUUCGAACCCCAGUACAUCAAGGGGGAGUACAACAAGGUUGCUGAUGCUAUGUCGCGUAGGGCAUACUUUCUUGGUGCGCUGAUCACUGAAUUUGGGCUUACAGACGAUGUCACUCGUUCUUUGGUGGAAACCUAUCACGAGGAUCCGUUUAUGACUGAGAUCAUACACAAACUCGAGGCGAAAGACAAAGCGACUUCCGCCGAGUUUGAGUUGGUCAACGGCCUGCUGUUCCUUUAGAAGGCUGUGAAUAUACGUUUGUGUGUGCCUAAUCGGGAGUCUUUGCGUA